GUGGUGACUGUGUUGGUAUCAUAGCAACGGGAAAACCGUAAACAAAAGCCGGAAAAUUUUAGAUCACAGAAUGAGUGCUUCUUCGGUAUAGAAAAUACGCUGUCUUUAAGUGAGGUAAUGUCGUUCGAGAAGAUACUCUACAAGUACGAGGAACCGCACGGAAUCGGCGACGUCUACUUCAUUUGGCAAAAGGCUUUGCUUGCGACUACUGGUACAGAUGGAUCUGUGGCGCUGUACAAUCGCCAGGGACAACUGGUGCAGCGCAUUAUCCUCGCAGGGCUCUGUUCAGGAUUUGCAUGGGACAAUGAGGGGGAUCUGCUGGGAAUCAUCACAAGCGGCUCCCUGAACAUUACUCUCUGGGACUAUGGCACGCAGGAAAAGAUCAGCGUUGAAACUGGACUGCGGGAUCCUCUCACGUGCAUUUUGUGGUCAAAACAGCAACAGUUGCUUGCCGUAGGCACGUGGCGAGGAAACUUGGCGAUCUACUUAUCACACCCGGAAAAUCCCACAGAACUAGGAUUUCAGAGUCGCUACGGCUCACUGCUUCAGCACAAAUGGUUCGGAGACGGCUAUAUAUUGCUGGGGUUCUCCAACGGACAUGUGGUGGCCAUUUCCACGCACCCCAAAGACGUGGGACAGGAGCUUUGGCAGGUUAAGAAUCAUAAGGACACGUUGACUGGUUUGGCAUAUUGCCCCACUUUAGAUAUCGUGGCCUCUUGUGGAGAUGACAGCAUAAAAAUACACUCGAUUACAAACCUGCAAGAAACCGAGCGCAUCAUCACUGUACCAGAUCAUGCUGGCGUCCAAAUGAUCGCCUGGUCACCGGAUGGUCAACUGCUGGCAGUAACAACGAAUAGUGGUACCGUCUAUAUCUAUGUAACCAAGCUCCCUCAAAUAUUUGCCGUCUCCGCACCCCGGAUCGUUAUGCUCAGCAGUCUGGCAGAGGUUUCCAUUUAUGUAUAUGCGCCGGAUAAGUCCAAGCCACUGCCCUUUCGAUUGCCCCUGGAGGGAGCACCUACUUUUAUAGCUGUUGGCCCGUAUAACUUUGCUGCUGGCAUCGACAAGCGUGAGCGAGACUUCCCACGGAAUGUGUCAAGUAUGAUGAUGAAUGCUGAGUACUGUGCAGCCCUCUGUCCGCCUCAGUUGAUCCUGCAGGCUAUUACUGCAGACAAUCCCAAUUGCAAGGACAAGCUACAGGCCACUUUUCCCAGCGCCCUCCCGAACAUGUCCAACGAUGCAGUGAUCACGUGCUUUGCUUUGAGUCAGGAAGUGUUGGUAUUUGCAACCGAUAUAGGCCACCUAGUAUUCUACUCUCUUGAAAAAUGGGACAGUUGUACAAUCUACCGUCAUAUCAUGGGUAUUCGCCAGAUGUUUAUGGACAUUGAAGGAACUAAGAUCAUUUUCAUUGACGAUCAUGCUCAAGGACAUCUGUUUCUACCCGCGCUGGAUGAAGCCUUGCUCAUACCGGACAUUCCAAAGCAGUGCCUCGGCUGCCUUUGAGAUCUCACGCAGCCGAAUAUUUUCAUUAGCUACGAUGCAAAAAUUGUGAACACCCACGUAUUUGUUCGCCAUUCCGUGCAGGGCACACACACCCUCAAGGUGGGCGAGUCCAAGCUUAAUCCUGGGCAAUGGCCGCUGCUACUCUGCGGCGGCGAAAUGGCUCUCCAGUAUGCCACGCAAUCCCUCAGCACCCAUGUGGUGAAUCCCAGCAACAGCCAGACUGCGAACCUCCAACUGCUUCUACGCCUCAGGAACUAUGACGAGGCGUACAAGCUGUGCGAGCAGAUGAACUUGAGUAGUGCAUGGCGAGAGUUUGGCGAACAGGCCACUUCCGAACUAGAGCCGGAUAUUGCUAUUCGGGCCUAUCGACAAUUGGGUGACGCUGCUCUGGUAAAUGCGUUGGCUGAGCUCCGAUAUGUGGAGGACAUGGACAUGCUGAUCGGGUGCUGCUGCACGAUUUUGGCCCAGUACGAGCAGGCCAAGGAACAUAUGCUCAAGGGUGUUUAUACUAGGGCAGCCUUGGAACAAUGGGAUCAGGCUCUUCUUCUGGCGCACAAGCAUGACCCGCAAGAAGUUCCCUACAUAGCGAGAGAAUACGCCCAGCAGCUGGAAUUCACUGGUAACUAUGCGGAUGCCCUAUACCACUACGAGAAGGGUUACAAGGAGGAUUUAAUCAACGACAAGGAUGCUGAGCAGUCCGCUACGAUGGAAAGCACACCUGAGUUCCAGGAUCAUGUACGCCUCUGCAAGAUGGGCAUUGCCCGAACUUCAAUACGUGCCUGGGAUUUUCGACGAGGCAUUCAAUAUGCCGAAGAGCUCAUGGAUAAGCAGCUCCUCUUCGACUGUGCGGAGUUAUUGGCUACGGUCGGACAUCUGACAGAGGCUGCGGGACUUUAUGAACGUGGAGGGUUUUAUGAUGAGGCCUGUGGCCACUACAUAGCCCUGAAGAUGUGGCAUAAGGCCAACAGUGUACUUUCCAAGGUGAAGAGUAGCAAAUUACAUGCAUCCUAUGCCAGGGCCAAAGAGAGUGACGGCCAUUUCGAAGAAGCAAUACGGUGUUAUCGCAUUGCCGGAGACUUGGAUGCUUGCGUUAGGAUAUACCUUGAUCAUUUGUGUGAUCCUCAUGCAGCCUCAGAAAUUGUUUUAGAAUCACGAUCAAUGGACGCGGCAAAAGUGCUGGCCAAGUUCUAUCAGAAGAUUGGAGAUAUUGAACAGGCUCUUCAGUUUCUCGUUAUCUGCGGCUGUGUGGAGGAAGCCUUUGCUCUUGCCCAGCGCCACAACAAGCUGCGCCGGAAUGGCGAACUCCUGGAACGAUAUGAAAAUGCGAAAUCCUCCGACUAUCUGGCCUUGGCUCACUACUUUGAAAGUGAGAAAUAUACAUUGCAGGCUGGAAAGUAUUACUUCUUGGCACGUGAGUUUACCAAGUCCUUGAGACUUCUGCUGAAAGCCUCUGCGUUCAACAAUGAGGAGCAGCUGGCUCUGUCCCUGGCAAUUGACUGUGUGGCUACAUCGAACAACGAGCAGCUGGCCUCGCAACUCAUCGAGUUUCUCUUGGGUGAGUUGGAUGGUGUUCCCAAGGAUCCACGCUACCUGUUCCGCUUGUAUAUGGCUCGAAAGCACUAUAAAGAUGCGGCCAAGACGGCCGUGAUAAUUGCCAAUCAAGAACAGAUAGCCGGAAACUACAAAUCCGCUAGGGACCUCCUUUAUUCGAUGUACCAGGAACUUCGCCGCAACAACCUAUCUGUAUCGGCCGAAAUGCGGCACAAUUUGAUCCUGCUCCACCGUUACACGCUGGUCCGUAUACAUGUGAAGCUGGGUAAUCAUCUCCUGGCUGCCAAGCUUCUCGUUCAAGUGGCUUCUUGCAUAUCCCAGUUUCCAGAGCACAUUAUCCCUAUUCUCACCUCCACGGUCAUUGAGUGUCAGCGGGCAGGUCUCAAGAAGUCUGCGUUCACCUAUGCCUCCACGUUGAUGCGUCCGGACUACCGCAAUCAACUGGAUACUCGCUAUGCAAAGAAGAUUAAAUCUGUCGUCCGGAAGGCUCCCAAGGGCAUUAAGCAGUUGCGGGAUGAGAUAGACGAUGAGACCAUGGAGUGUCCCAUAUGCGACUCCAACUUGGCCAAUAUGAAAGUGACGUGCUACAGCUGCAAGACUACGCUACCCAUCUGCAUAGCUACGGGUCAGCACAUCAUCAAAACGCUCAUGAACUCCUGCCCGCAAUGCGAUUUUCUCUGCUUUCGUGCCGAGAUGGAAAAAAUACUCUCAGAGAAUGGCGAGUGCCACAUGUGCGGGGAGCAAGUGGCCCCCGAGCAACUGCUGGAUGUGGAAGACAUACGCCCAUACAUCCUGGCCGCAUCUUAAGACCGAAAGACUAUAUAUAGGACUUGAAAAAACGAAUAGACUGCACAACACCACAGAACACCAAAUAAUAGAUAUAAGUUUCAAGCACAAAUCCCACUUUAUAAAUCACAAGACUAAUCGUUUGCACAUAAAUAAACAGCCUUGCUGCAAGAAAAUAUUUCGCUGUUGAACUACAGCCAAGGCAAUUAACAAGUUUUUAUCC